ACCGGGAGAGGGGGACGGACCGGGACCAAGGGAGAGCCCGGGGCCGGUGCCGAUGCCGACCGGUAGUGGGGGAUAGACCAGGCCGGGGGACGGACCGGACAUGGACAGACCGGACCGGGCUGAGCUGAAUGGAGCCGCUCGGGUUCCGAGCUCCGGGCCCGCGCCAAGCCACGCCCCGGCGCCGGGCGGCCGAUCUCCGGUGCAGUGGCGACGGCCACCGGCGGGGAACGGCUCGGCCUGUCAGGGAUCAGAGGCCGGGCCGAGCCGCCGUCAUAAGAGCUGGGCUGCCGGGACAGCGGCCUGUCCGCUGCCCUGCUACCCCGGUCCCACACUUUAGAGGCACUGAAGGAAAACUUGGAAGUAGCAAGUCUUCUUCGUGAUUGUGUGCAGUGGAUGAUCUAGUGUCUGAACUGCUGUGGUGCAGCAACAAUGGAUGGUUUUGUGCAAGCAGUGGAGACUGCCAGUGCUAGGAGGGAGGAGUGGAACUGGCCUCAGCGGUUGGAGAGGCCAGUGUGUCUGUGUCUCAGCGCUGCAUGGCUGCGAUGGCGCCUGCUCUCACAGAAGCAGCAACGGAAGCUCACCAUAGAUUCAAACUGGCGACGCCUUCCUCAUCCCUCUCUCCCUCAGGCACAACUGACACAGACAACAACAACUCCAUUAAUAACAGUACCAGAAGAAAAGCUUUUGCAGAUGACCAUAGUCUGGAUUUCCGCAAUAACACUGGGAAGGAAGAUCAGUGUAAGUUGCUGUCUCCACGUUGCUGCUUUGAUGGAGGAUCUCGUCCACCGCCACCACCAGAAUCGGUGAAACUUCAAGGAUCUUUAAGCAAGCACGGAGUUAUCAAGACUCAUACGGUCCUGUCCCAUUCUUUGCUGGAAGCUGGUGUGCUUGGGUCAGAUCUGAUUGAUGGACAGGUAGCUGUGGAAUUUUCUCCUAAACUUAUUAAAACUAUGAAUGCUGGUAACAGUUAUCCAUCACUGCCACCUUCCCCAGAGCCACCAGUUAAUGGCUUGGCCAAGAAAUCUGCUGGCAGUCUACAUCUAGAUCACGAUUUGAACGUUGCAAAGCCUGGAGGGAAAACAGUUUCCUCAGGGCUUCCUGCUAUUGGAUCCAGUCAAACUGAAGAUAUCCGUAAAUUAUCAUCAAUUAUGUCAUGUAAAGUAACAAAAACAGAUGUGGCGGGGGAACCAAGAAAAUUCAAACAAUUGAACACUGUUGAUGAGGAUUUACACAAAUCAGAGUUUGCCAGGCAUUUAGUGUUUGGAGAAAAUGGUAUUGCGAAUACUAAAGUUAUGUCCUCGCCUGAGAUCUCUGGUGGUAUUUCUGGAAAUGCUGAUGCUCCGAGUGGUCUUUCUCCCUCCAAGAUGAACACCUGCAAUAUUCUGGACACUGAGGUUCACAGUAGGACUUUGAUGGCUCAGACCAGACAAAGUGAAAUCAGAAGAAGAGCCUACAGACUUCGGAAACGACUGGAAGUUGUGCAAGUAAAGCAGGUGGAGCGCCAUGUUCAACAGCAACUAGGAGGAUUUGUGGAGAAAACUGCGCACUAUUUUCCACCUUUGGAUUGCUUGAAGCGUCAGGAUGGGUCUUUACAAAAUAAUUAUGGCUGUAAAUCCAGUUCCAUUUCAUGGAAAGGGAACAAGAGUGCUUCAGAAACAUUGGUAAAUUUCUUCAAGAGCAGUUCAAUGACUAAAGGGCUUGAAAAAUUUAUUUCAAGCUCUGACUCAAAACUACGAUUCAGUGAGAAUGCUUUUGAUUCCGAUGUUACAGAGAGCAGCUCUGGUGGGGAGUCUGAUAUUGAAGAGGAAUCGAAAACCAAAGCAGAAACAAAGCAAUAUCUUGCACCUUUGCGGCAGUGCUCAGAAUGGCGGUGGGCAAUCGAACGGGCUUCUAUUGUGAGCCGCUGGAACUGGCUGCAAGCUCAUGUAUCAGAUUUAGAGUAUCGCAUCCGCCAGCAGACAGACAUUUACAGGCAAAUCCGCGCCAAUAAGGGUUCGAUUGUGCUUGGAGAUGUUCCACCCUCAGAAGACACGAGCCAACUGCCAGUCUCCUGCUCAGGCAGAGCAGAAUGUCCAUCUCUAAUUGAUCCCAAAGCACACAGUGCUGGUGGCAAUCUUGACAUGUCAGUCCAUGGACGUUCUUCAUUACCCAGAGUUGUGGGUAAACAGGUUAUUCCCCCGGUUCAUCCCAAAGAAAAUGUGACAUCUUCUGCACCUAUCGAAUCUGCACCAACUAAACCCUGCUGUCACUCUAGGCCUGUCAAUGGAGUUGUCAACAGUGUUCACAGCUUACUUCCUGACAACAAUUCAGCCGACAACUUGGAUGCGGAAGAGCGACUAAAUAAAAAGCAGAGAUUGAAUUCAUUGCCUGUACCACUCAAUACUACCUGCACUGCAGCGCGAGUUCGCCCAGUACUAACUUGUAAAAAACGGAGACUCAUCAGACCCAGUACCAUGCAGCCACUCAACCAAAAGAACCAGCACCCUCUUAUUGUGAAAUGUAACUGUAAUGUCACAACAUCGUGUAUCAUGUGUAGCUCCAAGAACCCCGAGGCACGCGAGGAUCAGUACAACAUGCCCAUGUCAGAGCGACUUGCAUUGUUAGAUGCUUGUCUACACCCAGUCCUGUCAUUCUGUGAUGAUAUCCCACUGAACAUGCACUUGCAACCAGUUCUGAAAGGUUAUUCACAGAAUAAAUCACUGGAUAAGAACAAAAAGCUCUUGCUAAAGCACAAAGGCUUUUCGGUGGCAAGUUUGUCAGAUCCAUCCCGGAGAAUGCAGCAAAAACUAACAAACUCCAUACUCGCAUCAGCUAAGUAUACCUAUAAUAAGAAUCGUACAGAGAAGACGCAGCAUUUUGAUGAUUUGCUGUCUGUCUCCAAGUUCGAGAACGCUAAUGUACAAGAUAGAUUCCUCAACAAAAGGAGACACCGUGAUUCUUCAUCAGAAGUAAUGGAAGCUCGACGGGCCCUUUCAGAUAUGGGGAGCUCGUAUGGUUCUACACACACCUCAACCCACGGCUCAUUGCUGCGACGGUUAUCUUCAUCAGAGAGCUCUGCAUCAAGCAUGACCAACACGAACACGAUGGCGUCCACUUUGCAGGCACUCAGGAAGCGAAGGGGAGAAAGUUCCUUUGAUAUUAACAACAUUGUGAUCCCAAUGUCCGUUGCUGCAACAACUCGUGUGGAGAAACUUCAGUAUAAGGAGAUCCUAACACCGAGCUGGCGUGUGAUGGACUUAAAACCUGAUGCAACAAAUCACAGACUCUGUGCAGAGGAGCAAGAAGAGAUGGAGGAUCUUUCUGAUGCAGCCUUUAGUUCUCGACACGCCCAAUAUGAGGAAUUUGAACGUUCCCGGUGGACAACGUGGUUGGCCUCCCCAGCCAGUGCCCAGAGGCGUGGAAGCAGAUCUUACAAAUCAACAGAUGAAAAUUUGACCCCGUUGCCUGCUUCUGAUGUCAGUUAUCACAGUCUCGGAGAUUUAACCGUUUCAGGUUCACCUUGCAGCCCUUAUCCACCAAUAGUCAAUACAGACAUGCAUUACUCGCUCCUUUCACAAGAAAAUGUUGGACAGAGUUCAAAUGAGGAUACACGAUGUUCCACGCCGGAUAUUGGUUAUGAAGAGGAGGAUAUUUAUCCCUGGGAGAAGCGAACAUUCCCACUAACAUGUGAACCAGGGACAGAACGCGAAUGUCGAGCUGCAACUGUCCACAGGCAAACCAGAAACAGUCGCCGAUCAUCAGGAGGAAGUAACCAAGGAAGCAGGGAGUUAGAGAGUGGUGGACUGGCCACAGUUCAGCACGAUGACACGCAGAGGCAUUCUACAUCUCUGCGGCUCACACACAGAUAAAAAAAAUAGUGGCAGAUACACUUUUCUUGACGUUUGAUAUUCAAACAUCACCCAAACAAAAUUCACAGUUUUAGUGAAUUUAGAAUCCAUUUUUGACAACUUUCUUCAGUUAGAUUUUCUGUCACCAAUCUAAGUUAUUUUAACAGGUUAGUUUGAGUUAAAUUCUAGGGUAAAAGCUGGAUUGAUUGAUUCGUUGGCUGGUAAGCCAUAAUAAACCAAAACAAAGUUGUUUAAAAAAUCCACGUAGCUACUGAUUAUUGAUCCUUCAAAUCAACAAUAGAAUAUACAUUCAGCAAUGUCCAAAAGCAGUUCAGUUUCAUAAUCACGUUUGCUACUGUUUUUGCUGUCAUCGCCAAGUUGAGUACAUCUCACUUUUAUUAAAAAAAACACAUUGUUUCCUAUUUUAAGCUUUGAAGUGUACAUCAGCUAGGUGCACCUGGGCCAGCAGCUCCACCCGGAAGGUUCACUUGAAUCGCACCCCAUAGUGGUUUAAUUUUAAUUUGUUCUUCACUUGGUGAGUUGGAAUAUAAUAGUCAUGGGCACUGAUUUAGCUGAUGGGGUUCAAAGAAGAAUUGAUUGCUGCAUAGCUGUGGAUAUUUUGGAGAGUCGGGGGCAUCUGCACUCUUGCUGGGCCUUUCUCUUUCCUGAAUCUUGAUUUCAAGCUACUAUUGAGUGAUAGCCUGUGAUCAGAUGCUUGGAAUGGGGUUGGCCGUUGAAAAGAGGAUCAUCGGAUGCGGAGUCAAAAGUCCAAUGAGAGAUGAUUUGGGUCAAGAGAGGGAUGAAGAGGCAAACAAUUACAGAUAACAUGUUGGAUAUAGCAUCUCAGUAAAAUGAGCUGUCUCUUUAAACAAUUCAGAACCUUGUGGUUGCUUCAGCUCCUUUAACAUCAACGUACGCGACAGUCCCUUUCAGGAACCAUGAACGUGGUGAAGAAAAAUGAAUGUUGUGUUUCCAAAGUGAUUCUCGUGGUAUAUUAAUCAUCAGGGAUGCAAUAUCCUCAUCUGAAUUGCAAGUGAAAAGUUGUCCUGGUAAUCGAUUCUUUGUUGAAAUAAUUAAAGGCUUAAUGUUCUCUAUAUAUAGCUUAAUACACUGAAUCCUUGGGUAGCUAUUUCAGCACUCACCCAGACUAACUGAGAAGCAUUACAGUACAAGAAUGCAAGCUCCAGUAGUUUACAUUAAAAAAAAUUGUUAAUUGCAUAUCCAUGAUCCAUGUUAGGGUUGAUUGAGCGAUAAUUCAUCUGUUGUAAAAGUCAAGGCUCCUCUACCAAAUGAGGCUGUAAUGUAAAUAGCCCUGAAGGUAGGUCAUUCGGAUGUAUUUCCAUCAUCUCCAACCAAAACAGUAACCUGCUGUACCCAUUUUCAUGCAUUGUUAUGCAGUAUCUUAUUUCAACCUUCAUUAGCAUUAACACUGAUGAGUUGAAUCUUUGUCACACACGCAAUUGUGGAUCUGAUUGAGGUAAUCAAUAGUCAGGAUGAAUAGAGGAAGUUUAGAGGAACACCUGCAGGAUUCCAUGCUCAAACCCUUUCAGAAUUGCUACAUCACCUUGCCCUUGGAGAGAACUUGUAAUGAUUUUACGAGUUUGUAUCUAAGUUCUGAUUUACUUGGAUCUUUUCCACUUUCUGAUAAUAGUGACAUGCAUUCAAAAGGCUGCCAAUAAUGUAAAUCAAUAGUAAAGCUACUUUCAUACAAAACAUCUACCACAGAUGGGUAACAGCUUCCACAAAAAAAUGGGACAGUGCAGAGAAAUUUUCACUGGCAUUUCAUGCCAGUUCUGUAAAGGUUGUUUCCCCAUCUGCUCUGUGCUUUAAAAGCUGUGCUACAAGUGCAAUGCUCUGUUCAGGAUAGGCACAUUCUCAAGCCCAUCCACAAAUGCGACUGCAGUCUGUGCCAGGGUUUUAAAAUUGGAUUGAAUAGCCUACUUUGUACAGGUAGUACCAAGUGCCAUUCAUUCAACUCCCUUACCUCAGUGCAGUGACUCUGUGUGGGUGCCCUCUGACUUGAUUGAUCUAGGUUGAUGUAGUCUGAUCACAAUGAUUUGGAGAGGGAGAGGCUGACUGUCUCCUGAUGAGAGGGAGUCAACACUCUGAAAGUAGUUUUGUCCACAUACCGAUUGUUAGUUGCAUUGAGCCCAACUACUCAUGUCCUGGUUGUGGUGUAAUUGAUCAGAGGGAAGGAAAACACUCUAGAAUGUUGCUGGUUGUGGAGAGAUUAGCAUUAAUGAGCUGUUUCUAUCGUGCAUCAUCUGAAUUGGACAUCAUCUCAUGGUUUAUCCUUGUGCUUUGCCUUUACUCAUUAUGGCCAUUCCAAUUUGCUCAGACAUCUGACUACUUUUUAAAUGUGCAUUCGAUCAAAGUUUUUUUGUCGAAACUGUAAAAGAUUAAUGCAAGGUGGAGGGUUUAUGUUGGGUUGAUGGGGUUUACAAAUCUGCCAGAGUAAAUAUCAGAGAAACCUGAUAAGAUCUGUGGUUUGCCAAAGAAAAGACUUAACAAAAAUGGGUCUUAUCAGCACUGGGCAACAGGAUCCAUAAAACCCAGUUACUGUUUAGUUUUCUGGAACGUGCUAACAUAUUUUAAAUAAUUUUGCAGGUGGGGGCUGUGGUGCAUAACAGAUGGGUGUAUAUUUUAUGCACAAUUGAUCAAUUAACCUGAACUCCUUACCUCUUUGGGAGCAUAGGGUAUGUAGAUUUGAACAGUGACUCUAAAUCAGUAUUAACCUAUAUUUAGGUUUCAACUAAUGUUCCUCUUUUCUCAGCACUUAGCAUUCUGUGAAUGCGGAACAUAGGAAACAGCUUGGUAAAAAGCAUAACAGAUUCUCUCAUUCACUCUAAACCAAAUUUAUCUUAUCAACUGGCCAGAUCUUCAGCUUGUUGAGGAACAGCAUGAAAGGACAAGCCAUAUUGUUUUUAUUGUAUUCGCCUUCCAACCCAGAGCUUUGGAACUUGAAUCUGAGAUUUAUAACAGAAUCAGCAUAAUCAAAAUUUACCGCAUUACAUUUAGACCAUUUUAUGUUCAUGGCAUGGAUUAAAUCUAUGGCCCAACUUUUGUCCCAAUUAAUUACACCUUAAUCACCCGACGAGUGUUGGUUUACAUUAGGAUAGUUCAGGCUAAAUCUUAAUGUCCUGUGUCUGCUACACCAGUUGUUGUCUUAGUUAUGAUUCUCACUGUGUUUGUUGUAUCACUCCAGUUGAAUAGGUAGUCCACGUUUUCUGAAGCGUUUGUGUUCUCUAGCUUUCUAGUAUUAAAUUUGAUUGGCAAGAUCCACUGGCCACUUUCCCAGUGUUGAAGUAGUGUUGCUUUUCAAUCAUGCUCUGAAGGUGCACAAUCCAGACUUCCUCACAAUAAUCUGCUUUCAGCUGUUGAAAGAGCAGUGGAUAGGUCAAUCCCUUUGGCAGUUUAUCUACGCCUGUUGAAAUAUUGAGAGUAAAUGUUAGCAGAGUUAAAAUAAGUUAGUUGUCAAAUGAAGAGGAACUGCAUGUCUGCAAGGGCCUACCUGAAUCUUCAUUCCCAUCAGACAUUGUUUUCAAGCCUACACAGUCAUAGCACGAUUGCUGUAGGAAAGAACUGCAAAUGCUGGUUUAAAUCGAAGGUAGAUACAAAAUGCUGGAGUAAUGCAGUGGGACAGGCAGCAUCUGGGUGACGUUUCCAGACGAGACCCUUCUUCAGACUGAAGAAGGGUCUCGACCCGAAACGUCACCCAUUCCUUCUCUCCAGAGAUGCUGCCUGGCCUGCUGAGUUACUCCAGCAUUUAGUGUCUACCAUAGCACUAUUGCUGAUGGAUUGACCAUCUGCGUGGGUCAGCCUGGCCUGGUUUCCCACCUGCUCUGUCCUGUCGUGCGGUGUUACAGAAUUGUUUAAAAAGCCUGGUAAAUUCCUAUUUCAGAUAUAAAUUAUUUUGUGUUUGUGCUACAGAUACGAUGGGGCCAGUUCCACUCUUUGUCAGUCCCUGUGACCCAAUCAUUCUGAAAAUUGUUCAAUUAUACCUGUUUCCAUGUGGUGUCGAAAGCUUUGUUAGCCUUGUGCCUGUCUUUGUAUAUUUCCACUUUGGACAUUGAGAAGUGUAAAGACAAAAUCAGUUUUCUUUUUGAUCUUUUUAUAUUCAUUAAAUGAAAAUUGUAGCUGACUGCUUUGAUUGUGGUGUCCUUACCCUUGUAAAAAAAAAUCUAUUUUGUACAUUUUCUUUUUGAAAGCUGUGUAUGGAGGUAUGGGCUGUCAUUGUCCUCAUUGUAUAGAAUGUUUUUCUUCAUUCAGGAAAGCAUUACUUUAUGAUUUAACCAACCCGAAUGUUAAGCACAACUUGUGCUUAUAAAAAUAAAAUUUUAAAAAUAGUUUAAAGAUU